AUGUCGCAGGAGAAGUCGCUGCCCUUCCAGUACCAGUUCGCCGCAGGCGCGAUCGCCGGCGUUUCCGAGAUCCUGUGCCUCUACCCUCUGGACGUGCUCAAGACUAGGAUUCAGCUGCAGACGGGCAAGUCCCAUGGCAUGGUGGCCUGCUUCAAGGACAUUGUGAAGAAUGAGGGCUUUUCACGUCUCUAUCGAGGCAUCACCGCCCCGAUCCUCAUGGAAGCGCCGAAGCGAGCGACGAAAUUCGCGGCCAACGACGAAUGGGGCAGGUUCUACCGCAAGCUUUUCAACAGCCCCCAGAUGACCCAGUCUCUCUCCGUCCUCACGGGCGCCACCGCGGGCGCCACCGAAAGCUUCGUCGUCGUUCCCUUCGAGCUCGUCAAGAUCCGACUGCAGGACCGGGCGUCGGCCGGAAAGUACAGCGGCCCGAUGGACUGCGUCACCAAGAUCGUUCGCAGCGAGGGCCCUCUGGCGCUGUACCAGGGGCUCGAGAGCACCAUGUGGCGUCACAUCGUCUGGAACGCCGGUUACUUUGGCUGCAUCUUCCAGGUUCGACAGCUGAUGCCGAAAGCCGAGACGAAACGCGGCCAGAUGCUGAACGACCUCAUCUCCGGUUCCAUCGGCGGCACCAUCGGCACCGCCUUCAACUGCGGAUUCGACGUGGUGAAGAGCCGGAUCCAGAACACUCCUCGGGUCCCUGGUCAGGUCCCCAAGUACAACUGGACAUUCCCCUCCAUCUUCACCAUCGUCCGGGAGGAGGGACCGGCCGCCCUGUACAAGGGAUUCCUACCCAAGGUCCUGCGACUCGGCCCCGGCGGCGGUAUCCUCUUGGUCGUCUACACCACCGUCAUGGAGAGUUUCGCCAAGUAUCAUUACUCGAAAUAG